UUUUUUGUGAUAUGUAAGAUUAAUAUCAAGUAACAAGUGUUCAAAUAAGUCAAGAAAAUCGUAAGACAAAAACUUGAAGACAAUAUGACUGACGAAAAGAAAGUUGAGAUAGAAUAUGUGAGACCAAAAUCUCAAAUUGGUUUGUUUGGAGCGGUGGCAUUUGGCAUCGGGUCCAUGAUUGGCUCAGGGAUCUUUAUAUCUCCUAAAGGAGCCCUUAAAAAUGCUGGAUCUCCCGGAAUGAGCCUGAUAUCGUGGGCUUUCUGUGGGCUGUUAUCUCUAUUAAUGGGCCUUGUUUACGGAGAGCUCGGAACACUUAUACCACUGUCUGGAGGAGACUUUACCUACAUAAGAAAAGGACUUGGUAAAGUUCCAGCAUUUCUAUCAGUGUUCAUAUAUUCCGUUUUUGGCAGUGCAGGAUCUAUGGCCGUGCUCUCACUUUUAUUUGCAGAUUAUUUACUGGCUUUGCUAUUUGGAUCAUGUCGACCUCCAGACAUUAUGCGGCAACUGAUUGCUGCGUCAAUGAUAAUAACUCUUUGUAUAACAAACGUUAUAAGUGUGACACUUGGUGCAUACACACAAAUAGUGUGCACAGUUGCUAAAACUUUAGCUUUAAUCGUCAUUUCUGUUGGAGGAAUAGUAUUCAUGUGUCAAGGUACGGUCGAAAAUUUAGAAGACAUUUUCAAAGAUUCCUCAUCUGAAGUAAACGGUUAUUCUCUAGCAAUAUACAGCUGCAUGUUUGCCUACCACGGGUACAGUAGAAUCGGGGAAAUCGCAGAGGAAAUUGAAAAUCCAAAGAAGAACAUUCCACGUGCCGUUAUAAUUUCCGUUGUUGUUGUAACCAUUGUUUAUGUCAUUACUAACUUAUCGUACUUCGUCUUGUUACCCAAGUCAGAAUUUCUUCGUUCUUCCGCUGUAGCCUAUGACUGGGGUUUGAAAGGGAUACACCCUGUAGCGUUUAUUAUUCCUUUAAGCGUAAUGGCGUCAGUCUAUGGUGCUAGUAAUGGGGCAGGUUUCAGCAGCGGAAGAGUAAUGUUUUCUGCUGCGCGCGCAGAACAAUUACCGGAAGUGUUUUCAUUCUUACAUAUCCAAUCGGCAGUUCCUAUCGCAUCAAUUGUAGUCAUGCAUGUUAUUGGAGUAAUUAUGCUUGCUGUUGGAGACAUUAGCAUGCUGAUUAACUUUUUAAGCUUUCUAACGUUUAUAAUUGUGUUACUAACAACGCUGUCUCUACUACGUAUCCGGUAUGACAUGUACAAGAACAAAGUUGAGCAUGAAGGUUUUAAAACACCACUAAUCGUGUCCAUAGUGACGGCUUUGAUUUGUAUAUUUAUGAUCAUAUCUCCCUUGGUGAAUAAUCCACGAAUAGAAUUUUUGUACGGCUCCGGUCUGGUGGUGUUUGGACUGAUAGUGUAUGUGCCGUUUGUACACUUUAAACUGAGCCUGCCUGGUGUAGGUGCGGUUACAACAUUCAUACAGCUUCUUUGCAAUGUUACACCCACACAGAAAGUGGACUAAUCGAUGACCUGAAUUCAGUUAGACGUCACGUGUUGAUCAGACUGAAAACUCUUGGGCCGAAAGCGUCAAACCACUACCAACGAUAUAAAGCCAGGUUAGCUGAGCAACAUGUCAGGUUGUUAUCACAGUUGUACAGUUUCAGUUUACAAAAUAAUGUUGUUACCGAAGUAAGCAAAGCACUCCGAAGAGUAAUCUUCAUUUUGAAAAAAAAAUCCAGAAAGUUCCGGUAUAAAUGUCAAAUACCUGAUGUAGUUAUAAGAAACAGGAAACGUCUCCACUUCCUCCUUAUCAUCAUCAUUGUCGUCGUCGUCGUCGUGAUCAAGAAACUGAAUUGAGAUCAAAUAUAAUAAUAAUAAUCAACCUUUACUUAAAUUUAUUG